GCACCAGGAUACCCAAGAAGUCAUGGACAGUCUACGGGUGCUUGAGCUUUAUAGUGGCAUUGGAGGGAUGCAUUAUGCGUUAAAGGAUGAUCUGCUGCAGGUGGAGAAGUUCAUGAACUGCUUCUCUGAGCUCACAGACUCUGCAGAGCAGUAGGACCAUGCCACAUAGUAGAUGAGACAGCUGACUCGUCCCACCACCUGCAUUACAAAACGCUGCAGAUGAGACAGAUCCAUCCAUUAGACCUGCAGAUGAAUAUGGAAUGUGAAUAAAAGAGAGUGGCAUACCUGCCCAAGUAGUGACUGCCAUUGACAUAAACACCACAGCAAAUCAAGUCUACAAGCACAACUUCCCUGACACCCCCCUCUGGAACAAGACUAUUGAGGGCAUAACAUUAGAUGAAUUCAACAAGUUGUGUUUUGACAUGAUUGUGAUGAGCCCUCCUUGCCAGCCCUUUACCAGGAUAGGGCUCCAGCGGGACAUUGCGGACGCCAGAACCAAGAGCUUCCUCUACAUCCUUGAUCUCCUGCCAAGGCUGCAGAGACUGCCACGUUUCAUCCUGCUGGAGAAUGUGAAAGGCUUUGAGACAUCCUCUGCAAGGGUGCGUUUAGUGAAAACGCUGAAGGAAUGUGGAUAUGCUUUUCAGGAACUCAUGAUCUCGCCCAUAAGUGUUGGGAUCCCAAAUUCAAGACUUCGUUAUUUCCUGAUUGCAAAGAUUUCAACAGAAGACAUAAACACCCAGACAAGUUCAAAGAUUUUAGAUGCCUUCCCACAUCUUCCUGAGAGUGAUUCUCCUGAACAUCCUACAUUCUUGAGUCCUGCCUGUCAAGGUGCCAGCCAGCCAGAAGAGAAGAUGGAGGGGGGUCAUGUCCUGUUUAAGCUAGAGACAGCACUUGAAGCCCAGAGGAAGAUCCUUCAGAACAGCAUUUUGUCUGUUAGGCAGAUCCAAGAAUUCCUGGAACCACAGAAGGAAAUAAACAUGGAACAUUAUCUCCUUCCUAAAACACUGCUGCGAUAUGGUCUUGUCUUAGACAUUGUUAAGCCCACAUGUAGGAGGUCUGUCUGCUUUACUAAAGGCUAUGGCCGGUAUGUGCAGGGAACAGGCUCAGUGUUGCAGUGCUGCAUGGAAACCAAGAUUGAGAGUGUGUUUACGGGUCUGGAUCGAUGCUCUGAGGAGGAGAAACUUCAGCGGCUGUUAAAACUGAAGCUCCGUUAUUUUACUCCCAGAGAAGUAGCCAACCUCAUGGGCUUCCCUCAAAGUUUCACCUUUCCAGAGCAGAUCCCGAUCAUUCAGCAGUACAGAGUGUUGGGAAAUAGUCUUAAUGUUGUUGUGGUUGCAAAACUACUACAGCUGCUGGUCUCCUAAUACUUCUGCAGAGGACACCAUUUUUGUCAAUUUUUACAUUAUAUUACAAGGUGCUGUCUGUCUAGAGUUUGCAUUGUAAAGUGUAAAUUUGAGUUUUUGUAUAACAUGCAAUGUUUGAAUGUUCAUAAAACACAAAUCCUUUGUGUGGUCACCACUGGACAGUGAACUGCAUAACUCUUCUGUCUGUGAUCAGAGUCUCAAAACUGUAGAGCAAAUUUUGUAAAAUCUUUAGUGUAGCACUGUAUAUCUGCCCACUAUUAUUUUGUUUUAAUUUUUUUCUAAGAAGACAAUUAAUAAUUCUAGCUGAGCUACAUACACACUGAUGCUAGUACACUGCUAUGUGCCAGAAGGAGGAAAGCAACAGGAACAAAUGUGUAAUGAAUUUUCUGUGACGAUUUGGGGUGUCAUAUCAUCUGGUGGUUGAGCCACCAUUUUUUUCCAAGUUUGCAGUCAACACAACUGUCAGCAGGCUGCUGAGAAAUGCCCAACCCCAAAAUACAAACGAGCUGAAGCCAGUAACAAAGCAACCUGGACUUCAGGAUAUCUGAUCGUAUCCAUGCCAAAGGAGCUCCAACUAAGACUUGAGUGUGUAAAUAAACAAUUUUCAGAAGUUGGACAUUUGUGUACUAUAAAUUCUGUUUUGAUUGGUCUUAGGAAAUAAUCGAGUAAGUUGAUACUGGAUUUCUGAGUUUCUUGAGCUAUAAGCCAUAAUCAUCAAAUUUAAAGUCUUGACUUACUUCACUUUACAUGUGAUGUAUAUAAAAUAUAUGAAAGUUUAUCAUUUUACAAUAAAUUAUGAAAAAUUGAGUUGAUUAAGUUUUUCUAGUGUUUUUAAAGAAGAAAAAAGUGUUCUCUGUAACUGAUUUGAUGUAACUAGUAAUAUUAGCUCUUAUUUUCUGAAGUAGUAUAGUCACUAUAUUAUAAAGUUAUUUUGACACAAAGAAUCACAGCUAGAUCACAAGCCUGGUUUCAAAAUGUAGGUACAAGGCAGGCCUUUCAUAACUUGUUUUGAUAAGCCACCUGUCCCAUAUGUUAUAUGAUCUGUCGGUACCUGAAAUGCAGCUACUGAAAUUUUGUCCAUCCAGUUAUCUGAAAACAAAUACAACAUCCAACAUUUGCUUCUGUUACUUUACAUCAUCCCGUGGUAUUGAUGCUCAAAGUUGGAUAUAGAAAAAAAAAUGUUGUUCAUAGAGCUUAAAUGUAUUUUUCUGGUCUGGAAAUUUGUGCUCUGUUGUACAAGUUAUGAGGGCUGAACAACACUGGGAAAAAAACAUGUUAAAAACCACAGCAUUUUUACCCACCAUAUGUACUUCAAAUACCUGCAAAUGUUCUUAAUUUAAAGAAAA